UCAUUAAAUUUGGCUGUAAUUUCCAGAUGUUUGUAGUGUUUUAUUACCCUUUUUGCAUUGUUAAGGCGUACGUUUCAAUUACAUAUUGCAUAACAACCAGGAAAAAUUGAUUGGAAAAAUAUAAAAAAUAACAGAAAACAAAGCUUGUCAGGGAAAAGUCGAAAAAAAAAUAUUUUGUUCCGCAGAUGAAACUUAAUGCAUAGUUUUUUGUUUAUCAGACAACGUUAUCUUUACUGUUGACAACAGCCAUUUGAGAUUAAGAUUUGUUGGUUUUUAAAGGCAUUUGAACUCAAAUUGACAAUGUCAGAGCCCAUUGAUACAUUUUGAAUCCCAUUCAAAGCUGAGUCGAAAACUAAAAAAUAAUCACAGAAAGCCUUCACAGCUCGCUCAGAUCUUUUAUCACCGUUCUUGUUAAUCCGAUUAUUUGGCCCUCAUUCGAGACAAACACUACACGUGGUACAAUACAAAAGCUGAACUUCUGAAAUAAUUGACGGCCGCAUUUGUCUGACAUCAUCACCAUAUUUUAUAUUAACUUACAUGCACCUACCUACACACGCAAACAGAUUACAUUUUCUUAUCAAGUAAUCAACACAAGAUUGACAAAACUCUAUUUCAUCAUUUUGGUUAUCAUGAAAUUGAUUAAUCUUCCAACCAUGUUUUAUCCGGAAAUGCUCAACAGUUGCCUCGUUGCAAUUCCUACAAUGUUUCAGUUGUGGUCGUGUGUGCUGUUAUGUUGGCUUGGAGGCAGCGUUGGAGGGGUGGACGGUAGCUAUGUGGACAAGCACUAUCCCCGCAGCACCAACGUGUUCGACUGCUGUCUUAAAAACAACAUCCCUGGUCACUGCCUGGAACUGUGUGACGGGAACACGAUGCGCUUCUACGGAAUGGACAUAUGCAUAGGUGCGUACGACAACAUUCGCAUCUACUGUGUACAGAUGAAGUUUGACCAGCAGAAAGCAGUAAUUGAGGGUUCGGACAAGACAGAAGAGGGGGGAAGAGUUGACGGUUCAAACACAAAAGGGCAGGUGAUUGAGGGCGGGCAAAGGGGGAGCAUAAUUCCGAACAGAGGAGGCAUUUGGGGGGAUUACGCGGAAGAUGGCAUGACAGCAUUCGGAAACGUGCGUGACUUCCUCGACAAACCAGUUCGACCCAUGAAACCUUCUGAUGGCAAUUACCCCUCAAGUGCAGUGUCUAUCUCUAUGAUGAGGGAUUCCACGAGAGAUUCCAUGAGCGGAGAAGAGGCAGGGGCGGGGGCCGAGAUGGUGAUGGGACCGAGACCCAAGUCACCCGCAAACUCUUUGCACCCCUACUACCGAGAUACCCGCGGAUUGCUACCGGCUCUCAUUCUGACGUCCUCCCUUAUCCUUUUAUGGUCCCCCUUUGCUCAACUGAUGACAUAACUAAUAACCCAAUGAAAAAAUUACUCAAAUUUUUGCAAUCGAUCAUCGAUUUGACGACUAGUUUGUUAUUUCAUAUUGAGUUUGAAAGAUGCUCAUGUUUUAACCGUUUGGUCUAAUUUAGACGCUAAAUUUUCAUACCAGAGCCAAAAUUUGUGCUGUUUUGCUGUUCCAAAAUUUUAUUUCAGAUAACGUUCAUUUUAAAUGUAGCUUUUUAAUCAUACAAAGUCAAUUAAAAUGUCACAGAGUUCUGGAGU